CUCGCAUUCCUUCUCCACAAACGAGUCCCUUGCACUAAAUUGUGUUUAAAAUGUGUUUUGGCGCAGUCUGUGUCUUUUAAUAUGUAAGAUGUGGCUGUUAGUGGUGCAUUGCAAUAUUUUCUCGACCUCAAAUUUAAAUUUGAGACUCUUGGAAAACUGGAGAAAAACUUGACAAGGGAAAAUUCCUCCGCGCAGCGCGCCAUUGACUGUAAAGACCUUUCAACUUAACAAAAACUGAAGUUGACAAAUGUGUCCUGACGUUGAAACUUUGUGAUAAGGGUUUAUGUUUUCGAAGAAAAAGAUCAUGCACCGCUUCGAGAUGUCCAAGCACACUGGCUGUUCAGCAAACAGGCGACGAUGCCUGGAUUGAGCCUGCGUUUUGUUAUGAUUUCCAAGUGAAAUGCAAUUACUGCUAUCUCUCACUCCGUAGUCGGUUUGUGGACUAGUGCGCUCUUUCUCUGAACUUGUUCGUCGCCUCCGGAGCAAACCAUGGAUCACUAUGAGGAAGAUUUGGGACUCCGGGCGUGUAAAUUAAUGGAGGACCUUUCCUUAUAUGAAGCAUACAAGGAUGGAAUGUACAGUUCAAGGAGGGACAUGGUUAUCAACCCCGAUUUGGAUUUUUCGUCUCCAACGAUACCCGAGCAGAAAAGUAAGACAAUGAAUGGCAACUCUGUGCCUCAGCAACAGAUACACACCGUUGAGAAUUACAUGUCUGGGAAUAAAGUGUACACUGCGGCUCCCGUGCGCCCCGUGAAUGGCAACAGAGCCGUUCCUGUGGAUUAUUGCACCCCUCAAAGAGACAUAGUUUAUCCUAAUGAAGAUAGCUAUUGCACCAAAUCCGAAAUUGCUUUGCCGUGUUAUAGCGGCGCGUCCGAGCGACACAGGAGGUACUCCUUGGAGGUGCUGGGGCAUAGGUACAGCACUGGUAGCGCGUACGAUGGAGUGGUUUUGAACAAGCCAGUACCUUCACCUGGCAACAGAUGCAACAGUAUCUGUGUUACCACCAACCACGACGGCAGAUAUAAUGCAACCAGCCCGCGGUCCAGUUUCGUAUCCUCUCUUUCCUCCCAGGAGCAAAGCAAACAUGCAAGCCCGAGGUCGAGCAUCAGUAGCCCGCGCACGAGUCUGGUGGUACCCGGGCAAGACAAGUAUACGAGUCCCAGGUCCAGUCUGGUACACUGCGAAGGGAGCAGUGCCCUCAGCCCCCGGUCUAGCUAUGCAAGUACAGCCAGCGACACAAGUAAACAUUCCAGCCCAAGGGCCAGUCUGAACAGCUAUGACUGCUGCAGUAAGCCCAGCAGUAACCGCACCAGCGGCAUCAGUAUGGGCUACGACCAAAGGCACAUCAGCCCCAGGUCCAGCACAGCGAGCCAGUAUUCUUGUACCACCAGUCCACGCUCUAGCUAUUCCGAUUCGCGUUACAUGCCUGUGGAGAACCAUGAUCUGGAGGGUGCAGUUUUGCAUGGCAUGCCGGUGGCCAGUCCCCGGUCAAGCAUCUGCAGCCAGGACGGGUGCGCAAGACCCGGGACAAUAGCUAACUGCGUCGUUAGUCCCCGGUCCAGUAUCUCCAGUCACAGUUCCAGAAGUUCCCGGAGCUCCAGGGGAUCUAUGAGCACCUACCCAGAUCUCCAACUGCCUUCACCCAGGUCCUCAAUGCUGGGGACUGGUUUGCAGGAGGACAUACUAACACAAGAUUGUGGCGAUACCAACGGUGUUCAUAAUCGUAUCCAUCUCCAAGCGCUCUCUGGGAUGCCAGAGGCCCUGCCACAGCAUGCACCACAACAGUCAACCCAGGCAGGGAUGAAUACAGAGGUGACCGCUGGAUCACCAUCAUCUUCUUAUGGGCUCCAUACGAAAACACCAGCCUCAGGGCAGAGGUUUAAACUACCUUACCAGGUGACCCCAUGCCGGGAAAGUGGCCCAAGCCAAGCAGAAAGGAGUCUGGAAGCACUCACCUUGGAGCUGGAGAAGGAGUUAGAAAUGCACAUGAAAAAAGAAUACUUUGGUAUCUGUAUCAAGUGUGGGAAGGGUGUGUAUGGAGCCAGCCAAGCCUGUCAGGCCAUGGGGAAUCUGUACCAUACCAACUGCUUCACCUGUUGUUCCUGUGGGAGGAGGCUGAGAGGGAAAGCUUUCUACAACGUCAACGGCAAGGUCUACUGUGAAGAGGACUUCCUGUACUCUGGCUUUCAGCAGACGGCAGAGAAGUGCUUUGUAUGUGGUCACCUCAUCAUGGAAAUGAUCCUGCAGGCACUGGGCAAGUCCUACCACCCUGGCUGCUUCCGCUGUGUGGUCUGCACAGAGGGUCUGGACGGAGUGCCUUUCACUGUGGACGUGGAGAACAACAUCUACUGUGUUAAAGACUACCACACGGUCUUUGCCCCAAAAUGUGCCUCAUGCAACCAGCCCAUCCUCCCUGCUCAGGGCUCUGAGGAGACCAUCCGGGUGGUGUCCAUGGACAAGGACUACCAUGUGGAGUGCUAUCACUGCGAGGACUGUGGCCUCCAGCUAAACGACGAGGAGGGUCACCGCUGUUACCCCCUGGAUUGCCACCUGCUCUGUCACGGCUGCCACAUCCGCAGGCUCAAGGUCUCAGUGCCCGGCCACCAGCCACCCAGCUACCCACUACACGUCACUGAGCUGUGAGAGGGCAGGGUCGGCGAGGAACCAACCCCAACCCACCAAUGACCCGCCUCCCAGGUGACCUGAGACAACAUAGCAGAAAGAAGAAGGAAUCCCCCGCCCACGGAAUCCCGGGAACUUCGGAAGCUCUUCUUGCAUGACAGAACAGAACAGAGAUACCCUGGGAGACUUCGCUCUCUACUUGCCGACCGUGCCCUGGGGAGAGGAGAUAGAUACAGGGCCAUGGACAAGUCACAAGACCGGGCUGGGAGAGAGUCCACGUCUCUCUCUCUCUGACUCUCUCUCUCUCUCUCUCUCUCUCUCUCUCUCUCUCUCUGUUUUUUUCUCCCUCCUUCCUCCUUUUGGUCUGUGAACAGUGAAGCAGGCUGAGGCCCCAGCCCACCCAGAGGCCUUGGCUGACAUCAGCACCGUGACCCCUGCACAUUCAUCACAGUGGGGACUGGCCUGGAUGGAGAGAGGGGGCCACUCUCUCUCUAUCCCUCUCUCCAUUGCUCUCUUUUUUCCUCCCUUUCUGUUUUCUUCAUUCCUUAGCGCUGAAGCCCUAUGCCAUGAUGCAUUUACUGCUCCUCUGUCAGAGAGAGAGAGAGAGAGAGAGAGAGAGAGAGAGAGAGAGUGAGCUGGACAUCAUCUCUGCCAGGAGGCUGGGAGGCCAUGAAACAGGCCGCUACAUAACAUUCCAGCACUGUCUGGCAGGGUUAGAGGGUUGGACAUGCUGUGCCUUCAGAGUGGCCUUCCACUGAGAAACCUCACCGCAUGGUGACAAUGCCACAGUCCAACUAGCUACUGCUCCUUUUGGCUAUGCAAGGGUACCGAGUCUACCAGCAACAACCCAGCGCCUUCAUGUGACUCUGUGACACACUGUCCUGUACCAUCCCUUCAUGUGACUCUGUGACACACUGUCCUGUACCAUCCCUUCAUGUGACUCUGUGACACACUGUCCUGUACCAUCCCUUCAUGUGACUCUGUGACACACUGUCCUGUACCAUCCCUUCAUGUGACUCUGUGACACACUGUCCUGUACCAUCCCUUCAUGUGACUCUGUGACACACUGUCCUGUACCAUUCCUUCAUGUGACUCUGUGACACACUGUCCUGUACCAUCCCUUCAUGUGACUCUGUGACACACUGUCCUGUACCAUCCCUUCAUGUGACUCUGUGACACACUGUCCUGUACCAUUCCUUCAUGUGACUCUGUGACACACUGUCCUGUACCAUUCCUUCAUGUGACUCUGUGACACACUGUCCUGUACCAUUCCUUCAUGUGACUCUGUGACACACUGUCCUGUACCAUUCCUUCAUGUGACUCUGUGACACACUGUCCUGUACCAUCCCUUCAUUUGACUCUGUGACACACUGUCCUGUACCAUUCCUUCAUGUGACUCUGUGACACACUGUCCUGUACCAUUCCUUCAUGUGACUCUGUGACACACUGUCCUGUACCAUCCCUUCAUGUGACUCUGUGACACACUGUCCUGUACCAUCCCUUCAUGUGACUCUGUGACACACUGUCCUGUACCAUCCCUUUGCUCCAGUGCUCCUUGGCAUAGUGGAUGUUCGUGGCACCGCAUGCGCUGUCAGUAGCCAGUAGCCACAGCGCUAGCCUGGGCUGGCACUCAUUCCACUUAGCAGUCUUAGAAGACGUGACCACGAGAGAUUCACAAGCAGUGUCUCAACGAUUAUAUAACGAGAAAAAAAGUUAGAAGCACGUAGAUUGUCUUUUAUACAUGCCUAUAUAUUUUGCAGACAUUUUCCACAUAAGAUUCUAGAAGUGUAGUGUAUUUUUUUGCUGCAUUAUUAUUAUCAAAUGGAAUCGGAGGCCAAACGAGCUGUCACAGUCUUAACGGUCCUCUGAAGGGUAUUGGUCCGUUGUUUCAUUUCUCCUCAAGGACACAUGUCCUAGAGGCCUCUGUGUUGUCGCUCUGCUUGGUCCUGCGAUCCACAGACCUGUUAACAUGUACAGUUCCACACACUGGUUAUUUGACCCAUAUGGUCGCACUGAGUAAGUGAGUGUCUGACCAUCGAGAGUCCCCACAUAUCCUCCUCAUGCACACGUUACUGUGUCAUACCUACUGGUUGAUCUGAUUGUCUGGUUGGUUGUGGGAGUUGCUGGACCAACCCAUGUCUUUGGGGAAUCCAUCCCCCGUGUUUUCCCUCGCUGGUUGUGCCGUUGUGUGCGUCUGUGUGUGUGUGUGUGUGUUAGUUUGUUGGUCUAUAGACACUGAGUGUACAAAACAUUAAGAACUGCUCUUUCCAUGGCAUAGACUGACCAGGUGAAUCCAGGUGAUGUCACUUGUUAAAUCCACUUCAAUCAGUGUAGUUGAAGACAGGUUCAACCGGAUUUUUAAGGCUUGAGACAAUUGAGACAUGGAUAGUGUAUGUGUGCCAUUCAGAGGGUGAAUUGGCAAGACAAAAUAUUUUUAAGUGCCUUUGAACAGGGUAUGGUAGUAGGUGUCAGGCGCACCGGUUUGUGUCACGAACUGCAACGGUGCUGGGUUUUCACGCUCAACAGCUUCUCAUGGGUAUCAAGAAUGGUCCACCACCCAAAGGACAUCCAGCCAACUUGACAACUGUGGGAAGCAUUAGAGCCAACAUGGACCUGCAUCCGUGUGGAAUGCUUUUGACACCUUGUAGAGUCCAUGUCCGAUGAAUUGAGGCUGUUCUGAGUGCAAACGGGUGUGUAACUCAAUAUUAAGAAGGUGUUCUUAAUGUUUGGUAUACCCAGUGUGUACAGAAGUGUGUGUGUGCACCAGUGGCAGUGCCAUGGUGCAUGUACCUUGUUGAGUGAGCAGGACAACGGUCAUCCAGCUCCACAAAACGACCCAUGCUCUCUCAAUCUCUCUCCAACAGAAAGGAUGGGUUAAGGCUCUGACUCAGGCCUACCCAGUACCUGCUCACAGUAGCCUAGUCAGAGGAACUGUCCUCUCAUACUACUGAAUCUAACAGACAAGGAGGCUGACGUAGAGAUUACGGAGAGGAGGGGCCGACACAGGCAUCAUGUGCUUUCUGAUGUAUCCCUCGAUGAGAUUCUUUGGAAUGUAGUUAUUAGUGUAUGUUUGGCAAACUGUUGUUUAUUUUCUGCUCUGCUCCCAGUUGUACAUUUACAAAAGUGAAAAAGGCUAGUAUCCCUGGAGAACAUGUUUUGCUGGGAAAUUCCCUUUGAUGGUAGAUAAACUGAAUCUCAGCAUAGUAUGAUGAGACUCCUAGUCAAGGAAGGUGUAAUAUACUUGAAGAAUGAGGCAAUGGCAUUUUCUGAACUGUAGUUUGAAUAGGACGAUAAGACCCACUCAUAUCAAUCUCAAAUCAUUUUUCAUUAAAGCAGAAAAUGUUUAAACUUGACAAGAGUUGAUCCCCUUUCAGCAUGUCUUAAUACACCUCUUUUUAAAAAUACUACUCCAAUUCCAUUUCUAUUGCAUAGCACACAGCUAGUUUCCCCAUACCUGUGCAUAAAGAGGCUAGUUUUUCUUUCAUCCUCUGUCAUAAAUCACUCUGAAAGUGAAGACUUCUCUCUCUCCUACCAGUAGUUUUCAAUAAGCACAUAUGACACCUCUGUCACAUCACUUUUGUAUCGCUUUUGUAUAAGUGUUUGAUUACCUAGAUGGUGCAUAAAAAGGAAACUAGAUUUAUUUAUCUAAACAUGAAAAAGUCAAAAGUUAUUUAAUGUAUUAAAAAUCGGGACGUAUCAUUUAACUGUAGAUUAUAUAAUCUGCUUUUUAAAUAAAGUGGUUUUGUAGCUAACUUAAACCAAA